AUGACAAGCGUUCAUCAUUUGGAUCUUCCACAGAGCUCUUCAGCUCCGAAAAAACGUAAAUACGACAUUUUUGACAAAAGUCCCGAGGUUGUCGAAGAUGACGUCAGGCGGAACUGGUUAGAUAGAACCCAUGGCUGUCUGCGCCUUCUCUUCCUCUUGUCCUUGUUUGUUUUCAUCUUAUUCACGGCUUUUCUAUCUAGAUUCAGUUUUCAUAUAAUUUUGAUAAACCUCAAUCCUCCAACUGUUUUUACAACCUUGAACAAGUUCGGGGGUGACACAACCAACACGACGGCUUCUUUUGUACCAGCGGAUGUUCAUAUAUCAUGGGUCUGGGCAUGUUUCCUGGUUUUGAUAGCGCCAUCUUUACAUUCGUUUGCUUAUUAUUUUUUGCAAUUUUACAAAAAUAUUGGUGUAGUCGAAAAUAAAACAACACGUAAUGACAAAAAAAACAGUACGGAAGACGAUUUUAAAAAUGAUACAACACGUGAUGACAAAAAAACACGUGAUGAAAUAGACACUCGUAGUGAAGAUGAUUCUGAAGAUGAAAAAACAUGUGGUAUCAAAAAGGCCAGUAUUGAAGCUGAUUUUGGUAUCUAUAUUCCGAAUAAAAGAGAAACAAAUGGGAAAAUCGAGGAACAAGUCAUACCACUUAAUUGUUGUAUCCAAGCAGCUUUAAUGAUAGAAUUUGGAGUAGUUCAAGCUAUUGGAGAAACUUUGGCUGUUUUUCUGCUGCUUCCCACAUUUGAUCAGGCGUCUGCUGGAAUAAUUGCUACUAAUAUGACUUUGCUUGUUCCUACUAUAUUAAACGGAUGUGUGAAUCCUUACUUUCGUUGUCGCAAGAAACUUUUUAAAAAUGCUGACAAAAAAGAAUCCGAAAAGAAAAAUGCUACCAAAAAAGGGUUCGAAAAGGAAAAUGCUACCGAAAAAGAGUCUGAAAAGGAAACUACUUCCAAAAAAGAGUCUGAAAAGGAAAAUGCUAACAAAAAAGAAUCUGAAACAGAUGGCAAUCAACGAAUCAAAAUCAAGCUAUUGAAUAAUUUUUUUCGAUUUUCCAUGGGUUUUUUAACUUUUUGUUCGUUUUCUUGUCUUAUUUCUUAUGUUUCCUUGCUAGUAGAUAAAAAUGAUGUCAACUCUCUUGGUGGUAUAAUUGCUCUUACAAUUAUAAAUAUUUUCUUUUCGUCAAUCGGAUUUUGGGAAAAUGUUUCUGGUUUCAAUUUUGAAAGACUUCGAAACCAUAGGAGGAUAAUAAUGAUGGCAUUCUCAGCGUGUAAAAUUGUUACUUAUUUUAUCACUUUUUUGGUAGCUUUUAGUGUUCUGGGUGAACACGACAGCAUUGAAGUUUUGUUUGGAAUAAAAACCAAUGCCACGGUAACUAUGCUAGAGAAAAGCAUUCGUCUGGUCAGUACAGCAAGUUUCCGAGAAAACUGUUUUACAGAGCACCCGUUUUACGUAGCUCUUGUUAGUUUGUUUGCAUCGUACUUCUGUUUCAAGGCUAGCUAUCAAGCUUGUAGAACAUAUCUCCAGUGGCCAAGCUUUUCUAUUCCGCUCAUAAUAAAUUUGGUUUUAGUACCUAUACUCGUUGGACUUUACUUGAAACCAAAUGCUUUCUACACGACGAUUGAGAAAUGUAGUAUAAUUUCUGAAGACUGGGAUUUCAAUGUUGACAGAGAAGACACAACCAGUAAAUGGAUGAUUGGGAUGUGUGGUGCCCUCACCUUCGUUAGUAUUCUUAUGCUGACGACCUACGUUUGGCGAAACGGGAUGAGGAUUAAAAAAUUAGAAAAGAUAUUUGCUAUGCCUUUUUACGCUGGUUAUGCUAUUGACAUAACGUUACUUUGGUCAAGAAGACGGAUAAGGAAAAGCAGACGUGUACAUGCUCAGGUCAACAAUGUAGAUGAAGAGUCCAUUCCAACAAUAUACCUCUGUGCAACUAUGUGGCAUGAAACAGAGCUUGAAAUGAAAACACUUUUGAGAUCUAUUUUCAGAUUAAAUAGGCAUCAGUUUAUGAUGGCAGUGAAGCAACACUACUUAGCAGAGAAUGGAAUUCGGGAGAAGCCAAAUGAUGAAUUUUAUCAGUUUGAAGCCCACAUUUUUUUUGAUGACGCAUUCAAGGAAAGUAAAGAAAAAAUAAAACCAAAGGGUCGCGUGAAUAACACAGAAAGAAGGGGAUUAAACCCUGGAGAAGAAACCAACGAAUAUGUCACACAAUUCAUAAAAUGUAUCGAAGAUACUGCAACGUCUUUUUAUCGGAUAAAUGAAUUUUCCACCUCAAAGAAAUAUAGGACACCAUAUGGAGGAAGACUGGAAUGGGAUUUACUUGUUCCAGAUUUAGAUGAGCUUAAAAAGCUUCUUAAAUCGAAAAAGGAUAAAUCAUCUUCAAAAGAUAAACAAAGAUACCAUUUUCUCGGCUGCAUUUGUGGAGGUAAAUCCGAAGAGAAAAACACAAAAUCCAACAAUGAUGAUGGUAUCUCUAAAGCAAAAAACAAUGAACCCAGUGUUGAAGGUAGUUCUGAAAACAAAAACAUCGAAUCCAAUAUUGGAGGUAGUUCUUCUAAAAAGAAAAGCAAAAAAUCUAAGGGUAAAUCGCCUAAGAAAAAGAAGAAUCGAUCUAACUCGGGAUGUAUAAUUGAAGACAAUAAAAUCAAUGAAUCCAGUACUGUAGGUAGUUCUGACGAACAAAGAAAGGAAUCCAGUUCUAAAGCAGGUAGUUCUGGUGAAAAUUCAUCUGAGACUUCAACAAAAAACCUACCAAAUACGUGGACAGUCCCAUGUAAACUAAUCCUCCACCUUAAAGACAAAGCUCUUAUCCGCAAAAAGAAGAGAUGGAGUCAGGUGAUGUACAUGUAUUUUCUUUUGAGCUACAAUUCGAUAGCUAAAAAAAUUGGAUUAAAGGGGACAUUUACCGAAAAUUCAGAAAAACCAACAACAAGUACAUCCGAGGCUACUCAAUCAGAAAAAAUGAAAGAAGGGGAAAAGCAUAAUUUGGAGGAGGAACGAAAGAAGUUUGCUGACGUUAUAGCCCCAAAUACAUUUAUCCUUGCUUUAGACGGUGACGUUGAUUUUAAACCCGCUGCUGUCCUAAGAUUGCUGGAACGGAUGCAGAAAAACAGUGAUGUGGGAGCAGCUUGUGGUCGAAUAAUACCAAUGGGUGGAGGCCCUGUUGUGUGGUAUCAAAAGUUUGAGUAUGCAGCUAGUCAUUGGUUACAAAAAUCCACUGAACAUGUUUAUGGCUGUGUCCUUUGUUCUCCUGGCUGUUUCAGUCUCUUUCGGGCUUCUGCUCUAAUGAGCACUGAUAUCAUAAAGAUUUACACAAGUAUCCCGUCAACUGCUUUUGAGUAUGUCCAGUACGAUCAAGGAGAAGACAGGUGGUUGAGUACUCUACUAUUAAAACAAGGUUACAAACUGGAAUACACAGCAGCCUCUGACGCCAAUACCUAUGUUCCCGAAGGGUUUUUCGAGUUUUUCAACCAAAGAAGAAGAUGGUCCCCUUCUACUUUAGCUAAUAUCUUUGAUAUUAUCUCGAGUAUUUCAUCUGUAACAACCGAAAAUGCUUAUGUCAGUAAGCUAUAUCUGGUGUACCAUAUGUUUCUUUUCGCUUCAUCCAUAAUUACCCCAGGAACAAUUUUCCUUAUGAUCCUUGGGGCUACUGUUUUGGCAUUUCCAGUUAUUCCACUCUGGGUAGCCUUCGUCAUCAACAUCACACUUAUUGGAAUCUUUAUGUUAUCAUGUGUGUUCGCAGAAGAGAAAACACAGCUCACCAUAGCGUCUGUAAUUUCUGCAAUUUACGCUCUGAUGAUGGUGGUUGUGCUGUUCGGUCUCAUCAUUGAUGCAAUCAACAGUGGCUUUUGUUCAGUUACAAGCUAUUUUUUCUGUUACGUGGCAGGGACGUUUCUUUUGGCGGCGAUUAUGCAUCCAAUGGAAUUUCACAACAUUUUUUAUGGAAUCGUUUAUUUUCUGGCGGUUCCUACCACGUCAAUGUUACUGUUGAUUUAUGCUUUGGGUAAUCUACACGUGACGUCUUGGGGGACACGUGAGUCCAAUAAACAAGGGAAGAAGCGUAAGCAAAAACAAGAUAAUCAAGAGGAAACCUCGUGUUCCUGCUUUGGAAUAUGUAGGUGUAAUUGUCUGCCCGCGGCAAUGGCGAAGAUUGCGAAAAUUAAAGAUAAAAAAAAGAAACAAGAAAAAGAGAAGAAAGAAAAGAACAAAGGGAAGAACCUCCCUCCUGUCGUAAAUACAAGGACACAACUGUUAGACGAUGCUCUUGAAGUUGUAGACGAUGAAAAGGAGUUCUGGGACGAAAUCAUAGAUAAAUACUUGAAUCCCAAAAUGAAAGAGGAUUCUAAGAAACAAGAGAAACUAUUGAAUCUACGGAAUUCGGUCUAUGCUGGAUUUAUAAUGAUAAAUAUAAUCUACAUAACUAUUGUCUUUGUUAUAACACAAGCAAAUGAACUCAAUAAUGACGUAUUUACCGUACGUCUACCUUGUCCGAAUAGAACUGGUCACUUCGACGUAGAUCCUAUUUCUAUUGUUUUCUGCAUAUCGUUUGGACUUGUUCUGUUUUUCCAGCUGAUUGGGAUGAUUAUUCACAGAUUCUCCACCUUUACACAUAUUGUUGCUGUGUCCAAAAUAACAGGGAAAUCAUUUAUAGACAAACAGAAGAAGGAAAGAAAGAAAGCAUAUGAUUCGGCGAUUAGACGAAUGUUUAAUGAUUCUAGUAGUAACAUCAUGGUGAAAAGCAUGGCUGAUCGAGGAAAAUCUGAAAUGAAUACAACUAUUAAAAAUUUCAGAAAAACAACAGAUGGCACCUUAACUGCACAAUAACUUUAAACUUUCAUUAGAUAUUGCAGAGUAGUUGAUGAAUGUCAGAGAGUGGCGUAAAGUGUAACUUUCAUUAACGUAUAACGACUCUCUCUCUCUCUCUCUCUCUCUCUCUCUUUGACGGUGCGAACGUGUGUGUGUAUUUGUAUUUUAGUUCAAAAAUGAUUGGUUAUUCUAAUUAAAAUGUUCUAUUUGA